UGAAACCAGAGUCAUCCGCGUUUCCUCCAUUACCAGGCAAGAACACUCACACUUUGAUCUUCUUCGUUUUUUCCUUUCACUACUUCGAAUCUUCUCUUUAGCUCUUCUCUUCCAUUUAUAAACCCACUUCUCACGCCUUGUCUACGAAAGAGUGUUUUGUUCCUUGCGUCUCUCGGCCGGGUGUGGGUUGUCUCGAUCCUUUCUCGCUGGUGAUCCAGAUGGGCUUGCUAGAUUUGUAGCGGAGCAGCCAAAGUUUUCUUCUUCCAUGAUCCGGAAGUUUAUUCGUCUAUAGCAUUGGUUUCUCAGCUCCAGCGAUGGCCUCUCGCUAAGCCCGCUCCUUGCUCCUUUUUCUGCUUGAAACACAGCAGGAAGAGAGGGAGUUUUACUUCGCUUUCCAUCUCGUGCUGGCUUGGACACCGAUUUGGCAGCCCAGGAGCAUGGAGCUCCGACCUGCAUUGGCGGUUCUCGUGCUGCUUGUCCUCGCGAGCUGCGCCAGGGGCGAAGACCCAUACCUCUACUUUGAGUGGAAUGUCUCGUUUGUGGAUCUGGCGCCUCUGGGAGCUCCUCAAAGAGUGAUUGCUAUCAACAACCAGCUUCCAGGGCCUGAGAUCGCCGUGACCACCAACAACAACCUCGAGAUCAAUGUUUUCAACAGCCUGGACGAGCCUCUUCUUUUCACCUGGAAUGCGGUGUGGAUGAGGAGAAGUUCAUGGCAAGACGGUGUGCUUGGAACAAAUUGUCCAAUCCCACCGGGAGCAAACUGGACUUACAAGUUCCAAGUGAAAGACCAGAUUGGGAGUGGCUUCUACUAUCCUUCGCUGCUCAUGCAACGAGCUGCUGGAGGCUAUGGUGGAAUCCGGAUUUACAACAGGGCAGUCAUUGCGGUUCCAUUUGCUCCACCAGCCGGAGACAUCACAAUGCUCAUUGGAGAUUGGUACAAGCAAAACCACACUGCUUUGCGAGGAACUUUAGAUGCUGGAUUCAUGAUCGGUGCUCCGGACGGUGUGCUUAUCAAUGGCAGGGGUCCCUAUGGAUCAUACUUUGUCGUAGAGCCAGCAAACACUUACCGAUUGAGGAUAUCAAACGUUGGAAUUUCCACAACACUCAACUUUAGAAUCGAAGGCCACCGGAUGCUCCUGGUGGAGACCGAGGGCUCCUACACCGUCCAGAACUUCUACGACUCGCUGGACGUUCACGUCGGCCAGUCUUACUCGGUAAUCAUCACCACCGAUCAAGCACCGGGAGACUUCCACAUUGUCGCGAGCAGUCGCUUUGGAGUUCCAGUUUUAACCGGACUGGCAACCCUCCACUACAGCAAUUCUCCGUCAACUCUCGGUGGAACACUCCCCCCGGGGCCCGAUCCAGGCGAUGUUGGUUUCUCGUUCAAUCAAGCUUGGUCCAUCAGAUGGAACUUGACAGCAGGAGCUGCCAGGCCAAAUCCUCAAGGCUCCUUCCACUAUGGAGUGAUCAACGUGUCAAGAACUAUCAAGCUCUUCAACACUGCUCCCAUGAUCAACGGCAAGCAGCGGUUUGCGGUGAACGACAUCUCCUACUUUAAUCCGGACACGCCUCUCAAGCUCGCCGAUUACUACAAGAUCCCAGGCGUUUUCUCUCUCAACUCCAUCCCGGAUUCCCCCUACUUCAGCACCCCGUUCCUCGGAACCUCGGUUCUCAACGUGGACUACCACAGCUUCAUCGAGAUCAUCUUUCAGAACAAUGAGGAGGUGAUCCAGUCGUGGCAUAUUGACGGCUACCAGUUUUUCGUGGUCGGAUUCGGACCCGGAGCUUGGAACGAUACCAGCAGGCUAACUUACAAUCUCUACGAUGCUGUUGCUCGAUCCACGACCCAGGUCUAUCCAAUGUCCUGGACUGCAAUCUUCAUGUCCCUGGACAACGUCGGAAUGUGGGAGAUUCGCUCGCAAAACCCCGCGCGGCAAUACUUGGGCCAGGAUCUCUACAUGCGAGUUUACAACCCGGAGGAGGCUAGGAGCACGGAGACGGCAAUUCCCAGCAACGUUCUUCGCUGCGGCAAAGCCGUGGGUCUAAACUAGAAACAACCAACGACGCUCUCGAUUUCUUCUGGAGGUGAAGAAAAGAGAUUUUUUUUUCAUUCUUUUUUAUCGGAAACAUGAAUCUAUCGUUCUGUGAGUUACAACUGAAUAAUUCAAGAGGGACCAUGGAUUCCUCGA